AUGCUUGCGGGAGACCUGAAAGCACUGCAGAAGGGAAGCCAUAUCGACGGUUUCAUGGAGGUGGGAAUCAGGUCACGGUCAUCGGCUGGUCACCGGCGCCUCCAGAUCGAGCCCCGCCAGUGCGGUGCCGCUGACGGGGAGCCCGGCGUGUGCAUGUUCAACUUCGAGUGCUAUCAGCGGGGCGGCCACGUCGUUGGGACCUGCAUUGAUGGGUUCCUCUUCGGCGCCUGCUGUAAUCUGCCUGAGGGAGCCAGCUUGCCUACGGAGAAACCUGCUGUGGCUGGUGCAGGUCAGCAAAGCAUUGACGAAAGCGGAGAAGGGAACGGGGACAAGGAAGAAGAGGAGGAGAAGCCAGUUAUACCGGAGGUGCCUGCGGAGGUGGACCUCACGGGGUCGGGGCUGCAGAGUGUGGCGGAAGAAGAGGCGGUCGCUGGGGAUGCCGGCUCGUCCAGCGUAGGACCUGUGAGUGAGGCUGCCACCCAGGGCACCGCAACGACGACGGAGAUUGUUGUUCCGGGCAUCGUCAGUGUCCAAGCACCAGAGGCAUCUGGCCCCGAGGACGAUCAGACUAGUAGCGCGGGUGGGAGCGAGAGGCCGGCGCAGGCAUCUCCUGAAACACAGGAAGAAACAACGAGUGCAAACAACGAUGUUCAAGAGACAGACAGCACGGAGGAUGUAAACACGGCCGGUCCGACGGAGCCAUCCACCAGCAUCGAUGACGAAGGCGCUGCGGUGACGGUAGAAGACUCUGCGAGUGGAAGCGAGUCUAUGGACGUCGAGGAUAGCACAGUGAAGUCCACAGAUGUCACUGAGGCGGAUGAAGUAAGCAAUCAGAUGGAAUCGUCUAUAGAUGGCCAAGGCACUCUUCUCACGUCUGCAUCUCUGGCUGACACGACUCCGCCGUCGACGGAACCAUCAUCGAAGUUCCACUCCGACGUCGAGACGGGAAUACCGGACGUGCUGGCUGAGGGCGGCGUGAUCACCUUCACCAUCGUGGAGAGCGCGGCCCCCACCAGCGAAGGGCCAGGCGCGGACACGGAGGAGAACACCGAGCAAGUGGUUAUGAUGACCUUACCUGAUGGACAAGAUGGGUUUGCCACGCAUGAAAUCGUUAAUUUUGAUGUCACUGACGCUCUGAAUGAGGACAAUACGGAGAACCCUGGUCUAAUGCUUUCGCCCUCAGAUGAACUGUACUUCGAGCCAAAGCCAACGUCCCACCGGCCGUACGUGCGCCCCGCCCACGGACAGAAGCCCUCCGACCCGUUACUCGCCUCGGAGGACGAAGCAACGCCGCCCCCGGUUGAUGUGUCAGCACAGACGAUCUACGUCCUCUCGCAGACUACGGACGAAGCAAACGUAGGCAUCCUUACCACAGACAAGCCUCCCGAGCCUACGGUUGUUCCCGACUCCUUGGAAACAAAGCCAACAGAAGCCGUUUCCCUUCUGACCCCGCAGACAACAGGAGCGACCACAGAGCCGAUAUUAAUCUGGACUCUGUCUCCCCAGCCCUCCAUACUGGACGCAAGGCCUCCGACGUCGGUCAUUUCCCAAGUGGAAUCUCACACGCCAGCCACCAAGCCCAAGCCAGCGCCGAAGCCAGAGGAGGCAGACGAGGAGGAGACACAGGGCGAUGUCCCGCGCCCCCUUGCCCCCGCUACGCCAGGCAACCCGCCGCAGACCACCGAGAAGACGCCAGACGAGGGGACGCCCGACCUCGAAGACCCUCUUGCCUUCUGGACCACCACGCGCCCCAACAGACCGAGGCCGAGACCCGCCCCCGACGCCGCCACGACCGACGACCCUCUGCUCAUCUGGACGACUACGCGGAAGCCGCCGCAAGCCACUACCACAGCCAGCUCUGCCUCGGUCUCCGGGACCUCGCAGGACGAGGGCCUCUUCCCCGCCAUUCCCCUCCAGCCGGCGCUCAUCCCCGGAGACAUCCUGCAGCACAUCGCGGGAGACCUCCUCCAGAACCAGACCGCCGCCGGCGCCACCACGAGCACCCCGUGGGCGGCGUCCACCUACUCCAUCGCGACGAUCAAGUACGAGGAUCCGUCCGUCAACACUCUCACCGACGCCCCCCCGCACGGCACGACCCUGGCGGACGAGGUGACGCUGACGUCCACCUCACAGGUCGACGUCACGACCACUACGACCACCACGGCCAGGCCCAAGACGACCACCACGGCCAGGCCCAAGACGACCAUCACGGCCAGGCCCACGACGACCACCUCGAGGCCCACGACAACCAGAACAACAACGGAGAGGACGACCCAAGCAACGACAACCAAGAGACAACGACCAACAACGACCACAACCAUGAGAACGACGACCAGUAGACCGACGACCAAGAAACCCACACGAAGGCCCCCCAGCAGACGACCCUCUACCAGGAAGCCGUCCACCCGACGACCCACGACUAGAAGAACGACCCCGGCGACGGUGGAGUCGACGACCAGACCCGUGACGGAGGAGCCGAUCUCCCCCAUCGACCAGUUCAUCUUCGACUUCAUCAACUCGUCGCCGCCCGAGGAGCCCCUCGCCACCACGGAGACCCCGCCGCCCAUCGACCUCGACCUCCUGGCGCAGCUGUUCAACCUGACCAACUUCGUCCCCGGAGAAGAAAUCCUGUUCCCGCUGCCGCCCAAGAAGACGACCACAACGACCACGCGGAAGCCCAAGCCCAGCAAACGACCCACCACAACCAGACGACCUCCAAAGCCGACGACCAACAGGAUUAACCUACCGACGUUUCCACCCACACCGAAGACGACCACUACCACCACGACCACCACGACCACGACCACCACUACGACCACGACCACCACUACGACCACCACCACCACUCCAAAGCCUACGACGACCACGCCUGCCUGGGAUUAUAAGACCACGUGCGGCGUGCGCCCCCUGGCCCGCGAAGCCAGGAUCGUGAACGGCGAGCGAGCGGACUUCGCCGAGUGGCCGUGGCAGGCGCUCAUCAAGGAGUCCACGUGGCUGGGGAUUUUCACCAAGAACAAGUGCGGCGGCGUGUUGCUCAACAGGAAAUACGUCCUGACGGCGGCUCAUUGUCAGCCCGGGUUCCUCGCCUCUCUCAUCGUCGUCCUGGGCGAGUUCGACCUCUCGGACGACUACGAGCCUAAGAAAACCGUCCAGCGCAACGUGAAGCGAGUGGUCGUCCACAGGGGCUACGUGGCUAAGACCUUCGAUAACGACCUGGCUUUGCUCGAGAUGGAGAGACCCGUGACCUUCGACGAGCACAUUGUCCCCAUCUGUAUGCCUCAGGGGGACGAAAAUUUCACAGGCAUGACUGGCUUCGUCACGGGCUGGGGGAGGCUGUCUUAUGGAGGACCAAUCCCAUCGCAGCUCAACGAAGUGGCAGUGCCAAUCAUCAGGAACAACGAGUGCCAGAAGUGGUUCUUAGAGGCGGGGCACAUUAAGAACAUCAAACCCGAGUUCUUCUGCGCAGGAUACAAAGAAGGAAAGAAAGAUUCGUGUGAGGGUGACAGCGGCGGCCCUCUCUCGGUACAGGGUGAGGACGGCCGCUGGGUCCUGGCCGGCACGGUGUCCCACGGGAUCAAGUGUGCGUACCCGAACCUGCCCGGCGUCUACAUGAAGAUGACCUACUACAAGCCAUGGAUCGAAAGCAUCAUCAAUUAGUGUGUAGAUGAGAGAGAGCGAUCGCGUUCCAGUGAUUCCGAAAUUUGUGUGUGUGAUUGCGUGUACAGCACCCUAAGACAGUGAGCGAGGACAAGAACUUCUUCAAGACACGCUUUUGUUUUAUUAUUUUGUAGAUAUGUUACUUCUUUUUCCCUUGAUGAAAAGUGGUUUGUCUGCGUUUCUAAUGCACGUGAUGUCCUGUGUGUGUUUGUGUGUUAUAUCGGGGCUGGAUCCAGACUAGAAUGAUUCCCAUAAUGAAGGUAUCUUUUUCUUAAAACUUCAUUGGAACUAUGGAACAUUUGGAACAAGGUGAAGCUGUUUUUACAUGUGAUAUAAUUCAUCCUUGCUGCCUCAGCCAUGUGACGUGAAGUGCCUACUAUUCAAGGCGUUUUAAGCUUCCCCCAAAAAAGUGUCACUUGUUAAGAACCUCAGCCCUUGAGAUAAUCCAGAAAGCAGAGACAUGAAAAAAGAGUGACGUGGCCUUAUAGCCUGAAGAAAAAUGAACUGAAACAGCAAGUAUCUACAAUCGAAACUAACUGUUGGUAAACCAUCUUCACAAAUAUCUGCAGUCUGUGUAAUACGACGUCGACAAAGUAUGAUUUGCAUGAUCCCUUUCGGCCAUUACGCCAAGACCUCAUGACAGACGAUCCAUUCUUAUGUAACGUCAUGACAUUGACUUCAUGACAACACGUGUGGUCGUCUUUGGCAUUAUGUGACGUCAGUUUUGUGUAUUUGACUAUUUAUUUAUUUAUGUGAACCUUUGUUUAUUUAUUUGAGAGAUUUCGGGUGAACAUACCCUUGUUUACCUGCAGUUUCGGAUAACUUUUUUCUUAUACAAAGAAAAUAUUAAUAGAUGUUAUUUUAUUAUUAAUUUAGAAGUUAAUACGGAUAACUAGUAAAGAUGGUUAUAUACCAAAAGACUUUUUUCAUCCGUUCUUUGUGAUAAUUGUAAUCCAUAUUCCAUCCAUUGCGUAUUUUGUAUAUAUUUAUAUUUGAUAUAUAUUUAUUAUUAUCUUUUUUCGAGUUUAACUGUAAAGCAUUGGAGUCAGAAUAACAAAAAAAAAUCACAUCCCCUUUUCCACUUGGAACCGAAAUAGUUUUUACAACCAGAUAUCUGUCUCAGAGUGUUCUUGAUCAAAAAUUAUCUUUACCCAAAAUGGUACGAAAAUUAUACUGAAAAUACAUACGAAAAUUAACGAAUAAUGCAAGGGGACUCCAGUAACUGAAACAAGAAUACGUGAAUAAAUGGGAAUAACGAAAUUGGGCACACAGAUGAAUAAAUUAUUUCGUAAAAAGUUAUUGUUGAUAUAAACGUCAUCCACAGAACCACAAAUAUGAUUUUAUAUGUAUUUUUUUUUUCACUAUAUGAAAAAAGAUCAGUAUUUUUCCAUCUGAUAUAAAAUCUCUAGUGUUCGAUUUUUGCAUAAUUAGCAGCAAUUCCAGUUAAACAGUCCAUAAUUGAUAUCACAGAUUGAUUUCUCUCUCACACAGAUAUCAGCGUAUAGUGCAAUAUUUCCUUUAUACUUUAAGCAUCGUGUGUUAACUGUAAUGAAGCAAGAACGGACAUUUUGAUAAGAGAUAAAAAGAAAUUCUCGAAGUCGUGCCAGCCUGCAUUGCCUCUAAUCUCUCGUUAUCAUAGGCUUGUAUGAGCAUCAACGUCUGUGAUGAUUUCAAAUGUAUAGCCAAAGAUGCAGAUUAUUACGUUAUUCUAUUCAUCAAUCAAUGAAUAUAAGUUGAUAGAUUCGGAGAAAUUACGUGAAUAUCGAUUUUUUGUACAUUUUCAAAAUUCAUUUUUUUUGUUUUGUUUUUGUUUUUUUAUUCAUGCUUGAUGAUUAGUUUGUUAGUGUUCUUGUUUUCUAAAAUGGAACGAAGUAAAAUAUGAAGAUAUGGCAGAUGUAUAUAUAUAUUUUUUCUUUUCUUUUUUUUUUUAUGUACGUUUGAACCUGUGGAUUUUUUGUUAUUAAAUAUCAAAUAUUCAAACAAAGGACUUACUCCAUUUUUUCCCUUCAAUAAUUUUUGAAUUUCAUUAAUUAAUGGUGCCGUAAAUUGUCAGUUAUAUUGGAACGUGAUUUUCAUAGGUAGCUUGACUGGGAUUUUUUUCAUUAACAUUAAUGUUGUUAUUUAUAUAUUUUUUUUAACAUUGUUGACGUUACUAUUGUUGCUGUUGAUGCUUUUACCCUUAUCAUU